AUGAUUGACCUUUUACCAUGAUCAAAUGAAGAUGGAGUAGUUACCAUGAUCAAAGGAAGUACACGCGGUGUAAGCAUCAUGUCAUUUCGGAGAACCUUUUUGAAGUUUGCUAUAAAAUGAUGUACUAGUUCAGCAACUAGUUAGAACAAUAUCACCAUGACGGAGCACAUGACAGUACGCAACUUUCGGAAAUGGACAUCACUGGAGAAAAGGGCAUCGGCGCUUGUUGAUGGCGGCAAUGAUGUCGUGAUCCUUGCGUGUGUUCCAGACAAGAACACGCAUCAACCCCGAUUCGUUCACUGGGGAACGGCGUGCCUAAGAGAAGCCCUCUUGGAUCAUCUGCCAGCGAUCAUGGACGGCUUCCAUGCGAAAAGACCGUCAGGACAACAGAGCAACUUGGAGCCAGCGAGGACUGUCGGAGAGGAGACAGAAUCAGCCACUCCUGACCUACCAGAUCUGAGGAAAGAAGUAUGUGGACUAGAGGUCAUGAACAUGGAGGGCUUGCGUGCCCUCGUUCGGACAGCCAUCCGCAUCACCACCAAACGGGAGCCGCGAUGGGGGAAGGACGGGGCCCGGUGGCAGUUCUGGGACCCCGACGUCUCCUACACGCUGAGUGUUGACCCGAGAACACCGGAGCAGAAGAAGACCAGAAGCUGGGCAUCCUUCCUGCGUGGAACUUUACGUCGGUGCUACCAGCACUAUGGACUGGAGCAUCUCCUUGCCGACACCCAGCCCAUCGCCACGCACGACGACCAGGACACCACCGGGGAGAACGUCCAGCACACCACCGGGGAGAACGUCCAGGACACCACCGGGGAGAACGGCCAGGACACCACCGGGGAGAACGGCCAGCACACCACCGGGGAGAACGGCCAGGACACCACCGGAGAUGUCACUUGCCCACCGCCGAAGGCAGCGUCCUCUAGGUCGGUGAAAAGAAUCUUGAGACAGCCUGCAAGGUGUAGAAAACGAGUAGCUCGAGCUUCCCACUCAAUUCCGCCGUCCAUGCCCUCCGUCCCUCCCACAACAGCUCCAGCCGCAGAGACGUCGCCACGCCGAACAUCGAGGACCAGAAAACGGACCAGGAAGUUGGACUUGUAGGACAAUGAUAAUUGUUGAGUUGUAACAUUAAGUUUAUGUAUUCCGUAUUGUAUAUGAGUAAGAUUUCAUGUUUGUUAGAUUUUAGAGAAAUGUCUUUUUUUAAUCGGUUAAUUGUCAACUGUUAAUUGUUUGUGUAAAAAGGCAUAAUGAAUAACUUUGUUCCACUUGUUAACUAUUUACUAUUAAGUUCUAACAUUAAGUUUCUGUAUUCUGUGCUGUACAUCAAUUUUAUGAGUAUUGUAUGUAGUUUCCAUUAUCAUCUAGUCUGUAUGUAUGUAUGUAGUAGUAGAAGUAGCAGUAGUACUAGUAGUUCGUGGCUUUGUAUAUUUUCUACUAUUGCGCCUGUGAAAGCAAAACUUCAAUAAAUGUUGAUUUGUUUAGUA